AUGAGUGCAGCAAUGCGUGCUGACUGGAGAGCCUCUGAUAGCUUUGAUGGCUCUGAUGGCGCACAGACGGAUGAAGAGCACUUUUGGGAGGACCCGAAACGGCGUGGAAUGCCAAGCCCUGAAAAGGACCAGAGCCAAGCCCAGGUCGACCAACUCCCUGUCGAUGUGCCGUAUUCGUUGUGGCCCAGCCCGCCAACACCGCCCAUGCCGCCGAUGCCGCCACCCACACCCGUUUUCCUCAUGCAGUGCCCGUGCUAUGGAUGUUGGGACCCGGCAUCCUUGGCACCAUGCGACUCGUGCGACUCCACGUCCAUCUCGGCAUCCACCAGCCCAAGCCCGCCAAGCCCAAGCAGCACAGCGAGCACGGGGAGUGCCCAGGCGAAGGCUGCUGGAACCUUGAAGCACCCGCACUGCAGGCCCUGCAACAAGCAGUCCAAGUGCAAGCAGCUGCAGUGCAAAUACUGCCACCACCCGAGCCACGUGGGUCCGGGAUGCAGCCGCGGCCAGCGACGCCGCGACAGCGCGGCUCGACGCGCUCGGGGUCCGGAUGAGACGUUCCAGAAGCUUGAGAAGGAAGCGAAGAAGCUGGUCCGCAUGGCUUGGCAGCACGAGCUCCUGGUGGAGGUCGUGCGCGGCCUUGGAGAGCAGGCCAUGCGCAUGAAAGGCCGCCAGAAGACGCAGCAGUUCGAGGGGCGCAGCCCGGAGAAGUGGCUGAUUGGGCGCCUGGCGUACCUGGGGGUCGAUGAUGAUCGCGAGUCCAUGUUGCGAGCCUUGCAAGAGGCUCAAAAAGUCUUCGAGAGCUCAACGUCCACGUGA